CUGAGAGGAGCAGAGAGUGAGCGUGGUUGUGAAACCCUGAAACCAGUGCGUGAGUUACUCAGGUAUUUUCGAGUCUUAAUUCCUUCCGCGUUCAUGGCUUAAAUAUCAGACGUAUCAUUUACCGACCGAAUCGCUCUACAUUCUACAAAUUCGGUGUGAGUCACUCUUUGUUGACACGAUUCAAUUUGUUGUGAUUCGAUACUCAAAUGUUACAGAAAUUUGCUCUAACGCUUCAUUGAGUCAUUUGCUCCGAAAAGUUAUUCUUCAGUCCUGCCUGGAAAAUCGAGCGGUGAAUGCAGGAGUAUUUAUCGAUCGACAGUCGCACGAAAAUUGAUUCACCAAUAUUUACGGAAAUUGUCUAUCAAUUUUCUUUUUUGAAGAAUAAUUUUGUGUAGUUUUAUUUGUGUACAGUGUUUUGUGAAGGUUCCAAUGAGAUUGUUAAUUGUUUAUUGAAAAGUGUGAAAACUGGUGAAGAUUAAACAAUUCGCAGUGCCCUGGAAUAAGAGGUUUUGUGGAGUUAUAAUAAAUGAAUUGAAGCAGAUCUGCGAAUAUGGGAACCAGAGCUGUAGCUGUAGGUGCAACGACAGGAUCCAUCAUUUCCGGAGAAGCUGGACUCGCUGGAGUUCCAAGACUUCUGGAAGACUUAGCGAGACUAUCAGAAGAUAAGGAGUCUGCUGAUAUACUCUUUCUUUUAGGAAGAGACGAAGUUCCCGUCUACGCACACAAAAUUAUUCUCCAAGCGAGAUGUAAAAACUUCACAGGACCCAAAAGACUUGGAUCGUCUGGAAAUCCGGCUACAGUUCGUAUGGUACACGCACACCCCGAAACAUUUCGUGAAUUUAUAAAUUAUAUUUACACUGGGAAGGUUAUGUUGCAAGAUAGUGGCAUUUUCGAAAUGCUAGGACUUGCACAGGAAUUAGGCGUCGAGGAACUUUGGCAAAGCUGCGAAGAUCACGUGUCUGCGACUCUCAGCCCCGGAAACGCUUGUGCUCUUCUCACAGCAGCUCUUGAUGCUCAAGAGCGAGUUCCAGGAGGAAAAGGUGCAUGUUCCUCGUUCAUCGACCGAUGCUUUGCAUUUAUUGGUGAAAAUGCUGUCGACACUGUGAAAACUCCUGCUUUUUGUAAUUUACCCAAGGAUGCUUUGAUCAAAUUGAUUUCUUCAGAUUAUCUUGGUUUGGAGGAAGAAGACGUUUGGAGAGCAGUUUUGAAUUGGGCCAAAUAUCAGGCAGGUGUGACACAACCUACUCAGCAUUGGACAGAGGAAGAAAAAGCCAGAGUUUGUCAACACUUGUCCGGAGUGAUUGGCCACGUUCGUCUUUUGCUGAUCGACAGCCAAGUAUUCGCGGAGGAAGUUGAGCCAACUGGAGCAGUCCCAAUUGAAUUGUCCUUGGAGAGGUACAGGUAUGCAGCUUUGCCGAAAAAAUUCACCGAGGUGUGCACCGACAAACGACUGACACCCAGGGUUAGUCCUUUCAUGUUUCCCGGGUCUCAGAUUCUCUCUCGAAACAAAAUGCCCUUCCAGCGUUUGCUCAAUCAGUGGUUUGGCGUUCCCAAGCAAACGUGGCAAUUGGUUUAUCGGGCAUCGAGACAUGGCUAUUCCGCUUCUUCGUUUCAUCGACAUUGCGAUGGAGUGUCACCGACUUACGUAAUUGUAUUAGGCACCCGAGGAGAAAUCUGCGGUGGAUUUAGUGAUGUUCCUUGGGGGAAAACUAAUGCUAAAGGUCAUUAUGUUCAUUCUGAAAAAGCGUUUCUUUUUACAUUGACCAACAAUCAAGAUUUGCCCCCUACUAAGUUCGACAUUGUAAAAAAACCUUUUGCAAUCUGCUACCAUCCAGACAUUGGGCCCAUAUUUGGAGCUGGUGCGGAUCUUUUGAUCUCGAACAACUGCAACAUCAACAGUGAGAGUUACAGCAAUCUCCCCCACAGCUACGACGGCGAACAUGCCUCUAAUUCUUUACUGAUGAGCGAGUAUCACUUUACUGUCGUCGAUUAUGAAGUUUUCACUCCGAGUAAUGCAUUUCACAAAUCUCCCCAUUGACGCAAAUAAUUCUUUCUCUAAACCAGCUUUUGUAAAUAGGAUCAAUUUAAAUUUAUUUUUGAUAGAUAGGGUGCGAUAAAGUCUGAAUAAUGAAACCAGAUUUCUCUACUCAACGUUCUUUCCUAUUCUUUGUAUUUAUGUGAAAUAAUUUUGAAAAAUUGGAUUAACUUCUUCUAAGAGAAUAUGUCUUCUUUUGGAAUGAUAAUACAGUCUUGAGUUUAUUUUUUAUUGAUAGUGUGAGAUGAUUUGCAACUAGUGAACUUCGUCUUUCAAUUAGAGGUUCCUAUUUUACGGAUACAUGUUUUAAGUGUAAUAGUUUUUUUUUUAUUUUGCAUUGAUGUGUGCAAUAAAUGAUACUUUUGGA